CACUCGACCUCUCUGACAGGUCUGAGGGGGAAAGCGAACCCAGAACACUGGCUGCUUCAGUGAAGUCACAGCUAACACUCAGUCAGCAGUGAUUUUUUUCUUUUUUUUGAAGAGCAGGCGCAUAUUUAAAUACGAGGCUCGAACAGGGACUGCAUGUAGCACAGAGCUAUAGUAACUACUUCAAGUGGACUAGUUUUCUUAGCGGAGGUGCGGAGCUUUUUGAUUCAGGACUGGCGUAGGGGGGGCACCGGUGAAUGGGAACAGUCAGUGGAUCCGUGUGGCAGAAACGGAGGCUGCACAAACUAAUCACCGCUGCCCAUCACGUUCGACUUUUGGGUACAUUUUAGGGCACAAACGGACAAGACCCACCACUCCUCCACCUCGUCCUCCUCCUGCUGCUGCCGCCGCUGCUGCUGUCCCCUUCCCCUCUCCUUCCUCACCGAUUCUACUCCAGACUGACCAACCCUCCAGAAAUGGCUCAGAUACUGCCGAUACGAUUUCAGGAACACCUGCAGUUGCAGAACCUGGGCAUAAACCCAGCCAACAUAGGGUUCAGCUAUCUGACCAUGGAGUCGGACAAGUUCAUCUGCAUCAGAGAGAAAGUGGGUGAGCAGAACCAGGUGGUGAUGAUAGACAUGUCAGACCCCACCAACCCAAUCAGGAGACCGAUCUCUGCCGACAGUGCCAUCAUGAACCCCGCCAGCAAGGUCAUCGCUCUGAAAGCUGCCAAGACUCUUCAGAUCUUCAACAUUGAGAUGAAGAGCAAGGUGAAGGCCCACACCAUGAUCGAGGAUGUCAUGUUCUGGAAGUGGAUAUCGGUAAACACUGUUGCCUUGGUGACGGACGCGGCCGUCUUUCACUGGAGCAUGGAGGGGGAUUCCCAGCCAACCAAAGUAUUUGAUCGGCAUGCCAGUUUGGCCGGAUGUCAGAUCAUAAACUACAGAACUGACGAACAACAGAAGUGGCUGUUGCUGAUAGGGAUCUCUGCACAGCAAAACCGUGUAGUUGGAGCAAUGCAACUUUACUCUGUUGACAGGAAAGUGUCCCAACCCAUCGAAGGCCAUGCUGCUGCCUUCGGGGAGUUUAAAGUGGAGGGAAAUGCCAACCCCUCCACCCUCUUUUGCUUUGCUGUGCGUUCACAGGCCGGGGGAAAGCUGCACAUCAUUGAGGUUGGUCAGCCAGCUGCAGGAAACCAGCCAUUUGCUAAGAAAGCAGUGGACGUGUUCUUCCCUCCUGAGGCCCAGACAGACUUUCCUGUAGCUAUGCAGAUUGGUAGUAAGCAUGGCGUCAUAUAUUUAAUCACCAAGUAUGGGUACAUCCACCUGUACGACUUGGAGUCUGGAGUGUGCAUCUACAUGAACCGAAUCAGUGCAGAGACCAUCUUUGUAACCGCGCCAUAUGAAACCACUUCAGGAAUUAUUGGGGUCAACAAGAAGGGACAGGUUUUGUCUGUGUGUGUUGAAGAGGAAAAUAUUGUCAACUAUGCCACCAACGUCCUUCAAAACCCUGACCUGGCCUUGAGGAUGGCUGUGAGGUCAAACCUCGCUGGGGCUGAGGAACUUUUUGCCAGGAAGUUCAAUACGCUGUUUGCCCAGGGAACUUAUUCAGAAGCUGCAAAGGUUGCUGCAUCAGCACCAAAGGGGAUCCUGCGGACGGCAGAGACAAUCCAUAAGUUCCAGAGUGUCCCGGCCCAGCCUGGUCAGGCCUCUCCGCUGUUGCAGUACUUUGGUAUUCUACUGGACCAGGGACAACUUAACAAGUUUGAGUCUCUUGAGCUCUGCAGGCCUGUUCUGCAGCAGGGCCGCAAACAACUACUGGAGAAAUGGCUUAAGGAGGAUAAGCUUGAGUGCUCAGAGGAGCUGGGAGACCUGGUGAAGGCCUCUGACCCCACACUGGCUCUAAGUGUGUACCUCAGAGCUAACGUCCCCAACAAGGUCAUCCAGUGCUUUGCAGAGACUGGCCAGUUCCAGAAGAUUGUGCUGUAUGCUAAAAAGGUGGGCUACACGCCAGACUGGGUGUUCUUGCUGAGAAAUGUGAUGCGUGUCAACCCGGACCAGGGACUGCAGUUUGCCCAGAUGCUGGUGCAGGAUGAGGAGCCGCUGGCCAACAUUAACCAGAUUGUAGAUGUUUUCAUGGAGGGCAACUUGAUCCAGCAGUGCACCUCCUUCCUACUGGAUGCUCUAAAGAACAACCGCCCAGCUGAAGGACACUUACAGACACGUCUGCUUGAGAUGAACCUCAUCCAUGCCCCCCAGGUAGCAGAUGCAAUCCUGGGGAACCAGAUGUUCACACACUAUGACCGUGCCCACGUUGCUCAGUUAUGUGAAAAGGCAGGUCUGCUGCAGAGAGCUCUUGAACACUACACUGACCUGUAUGAUAUCAAACGAGCCGUGGUGCACACACAUCUGCUCAACCCUGAGUGGCUGGUAAACUUCUUCGGCUCUUUAUCAGUAGAAGACUCGUUGGAGUGUUUAAGGGCCAUGCUAUCAGCUAACAUCAGACAGAACCUGCAGCUGUGUGUCCAGGUAGCAUCUAAGUAUCAUGAGCAGCUGGGAACUGAAGCGUUAGUGGAGCUCUUUGAGUCCUUCAAGAGUUAUGAGGGAUUGUUUUACUUCCUUGGGUCAAUUGUGAAUUUCAGCCAGGAGCCCGAUGUCCACUUUAAAUACAUCCAGGCUGCGUGUAAGACGGGCCAAAUCAAGGAAGUGGAGAGAAUAUGCAGAGAGAGCAACUGCUAUGAUCCAGAGAGGGUUAAAAACUUCCUCAAGGAGGCCAAACUAACAGACCAGCUUCCUCUCAUCAUUGUGUGUGACCGCUUCGACUUUGUCCAUGAUUUGGUUCUUUACCUCUACCGUAACAGUCUACAGAAAUACAUUGAAAUCUACGUACAGAAGGUGAACCCUAGUCGUUUACCUGUGGUGAUCGGUGGGCUGUUGGAUGUAGACUGUGCGGAGGACGUCAUCAAGAACCUGAUCAUGGUGGUAAGAGGCCAGUUUUCCACUGAUGAGCUGGUGGAGGAGGUCGAGAAGAGGAACAGGUUAAAGUUACUUUUGCCAUGGCUGGAGUCCCGUAUCCACGAAGGCUGCGAGGAGCCGGCCACACACAACGCCCUAGCCAAGAUCUACAUUGACAGCAACAACACACCCGAGCGUUUCCUGAAGGAGAAUCCGUUCUAUGACAGCGCCGUAGUCGGACGAUACUGCGAGAAGCGAGACCCUCACCUGGCCUGUGUGGCUUAUGAGAGAGGGCAGUGCGACAUGGACCUCAUUAAAGUGUGCAAUGACAACUCAUUGUUUAAGAGUGAGGCUCGGUACCUGGUCCGACGGAAAGAUCCAGAGCUUUGGGUGAACGUGUUGGAAGAAGACAAUCCCUAUAGAAGACCACUCAUUGACCAGGUGGUGCAGACCGCACUGUCAGAGACCCAGGACCCAGAGGAGGUGUCCGUCACCGUCAAGGCCUUCAUGACCGCAGACCUGCCCAAUGAGCUGAUCGAACUGCUGGAGAAGAUUGUACUUGAUAACUCUGUCUUCAGUGAACACAGAAACCUCCAGAACCUGCUGAUCUUGACAGCCAUCAAAGCGGACCGCACUCGUGUGAUGGAGUACAUCAACAGGCUCGACAACUACGACGCUCCAGACAUUGCAAAUAUCGCCAUUAGCAAUGAGCUCUUCGAAGAGGCGUUUGCUAUUUUCAAGAAGUUUGAUGUCAACACCUCAGCCAUACAGGUAUUGAUAGAGCACAUAGGGAACUUGGAUCGUGCCUACGAGUUUGCCGAGCGCUGUAAUGAGCCUGCAGUUUGGAGCCAGUUAGCCCGAGCUCAGCUACAGAGAGACCUGGUCAAGGAGGCUAUUGACUCAUAUAUUAAAGCUGUGGACCCGUCGGCAUACAUGGAGGUGGUCAAUGCAGCCAGCAAGAACAACAACUGGGAAGACUUGGUUAAAUUCCUUCAGAUGGCUCGGAAGAAGGCAAGAGAGUCGUACGUGGAGACGGAGCUGAUCUUUGCUUUAGCGAAGACCAACCGUCUGGCGGAGCUGGAGGAAUUUGUCAGUGGGCCCAACAAUGCCCACAUACAGCAGGUGGGCGACAGAUGUUAUGAGGAGGAGAUGUACGAAGCAGCAAAGCUCUUGUACAACAACGUGUCCAACUUUGCUCGUCUUGCUUCGACACUUGUCCAUCUGGGAGAGUACCAGGCAGCGGUGGACAGCGCCAGGAAAGCUAACAGCACACGGACAUGGAAGGAGGUGUGUUUCGCAUGCGUGGAUGGCGAAGAGUUCCGUUUGGCGCAGAUCUGUGGCCUUCACAUCGUGAUCCAUGCUGACGAGCUGGAGGACCUCAUCAGCUACUAUCAGGACCGUGGGUAUUUUGAGGAGCUCAUUGCUCUGCUGGAGGCUGCGUUGGGUCUGGAGCGGGCUCACAUGGGCAUGUUCACCGAGCUCGCCAUCCUCUACUCCAAGUUCAAACCUCAGAAGAUGAGGGAGCAUUUAGAGCUUUUCUGGUCCAGAGUCAACAUCCCAAAGGUUCUUCGCGCAGCAGAGCAGUCUCACUUGUGGGGAGAGCUGGUUUUCCUUUACGACAAAUACGAGGAGUUCGACAACGCUGCCCUCACAAUGAUGUCUCAUCCGACAGAUGCCUGGAAAGAAGGGCUGUUCAAGGACAUCAUUGCUAAGGUUGCAAAUGUGGAGUUGUACUACAAAUCUCUUUCGUUCUACCUGGAAUACAAACCCCUCCUACUUAAUGACCUGCUGGCUAUUCUGUCUCCACGGUUGGACCACAGCCGAGCUGUCGCCUUCAUCAGCAAGGUGAAUGAGCUCAAGCUGGUGAAGCCUUACCUGAGAUCUGUGCAGAACCACAACAACAAGUCUGUUAACGAAGCUCUCAACAACCUACUGACUGAGGAGGAAGACUAUCAGGGCCUGAGAGCAUCUAUUGACGCUUAUGACAACUUUGAUACCAUUGGCUUGGCUCAGAGGUUAGAGAAACAUGAACUGAUCGAGUUCCGACGUAUCGCUGCCUACCUGUAUAAAGGCAACAACCGCUGGAGACAGAGCGUAGAGCUCUGCAAAAAGGACAAACUCUAUAAGGAUGCCAUGUUGUACGCUGCAGAGUCUAAGGAUGCUGAGCUGGCAGAGACACUGCUGCAGUGGUUCCUGGAAGAGGGCAGGAAGGAGUGCUUCGCUGCCUGCCUGUUCGCCUCCUAUGACCUCCUUCACCCCGACGUGGUGCUCGAGUUGGCCUGGAGGCACAACAUCAUGGACUUUGCCAUGCCGUACUUCAUCCAGGUCAUGAGAGAGUACCUCACUAAGGUUGAUGAGUUUGCAGCGAAGGUGAUGGUGGACAAGCUGGAUGAGGUAGAAAGUCAAAGGAAAAAUGAGGAUGAGGUGACAGAGCCACAGCCGAUCGUGUUUGGCCAGCAGCUGAUGUUGACUGCGUCUCCCGCUCCUGUGGCGCCCCAGCCGGCAUACCCAGGCUAUGGUUACCCUGCCAACGCAGCAGGUUUCCCUGCUCAGGCUCCCAACGCUGCUGGCUACCCUGCACAGCCUGCUUAUGGCUUCAACAUGUAGAGGCUUGACCCUGCCUCUUCCAACCCUCUCCUCUCUCUCUCUCUCACCCUCUUUCUUACACCUUAGAACCUGAACCACACUGAACUGUGCUGCUCUGGAUCUCAACUGGCCACCUGAGUGUGUGUGGAGACACCCCACCCCAAAACUGAACUGGGUCUUCAUCUCUGCAUUGAGACUUUUCCCCGGUUCAAUGAGACUGCAAUAGAAACCCAUCCCCUGUUAUCCCCCCCCCCCAGCCCCCCCCCCCCACCACCACACACUCUCCACUAGGACUUUUAACUGCAUCACUGAUCUACACAGCAUGACGUCACUUCUCAGCUCCUAGAGGAAGGAAAUACGGAAGAUAAUAUAGUGACAUCAAACCACUGUCGUGUGUCUGUUCCACAUAGACUUGUUUUAUUUUUCUCUCAUAGAUUCAGCACUGAUGAGGAAGAGACUUUGUUAUUGGAGGGGCUUGUGUGUGUGUGUGUGUGUGUGUGUGUCCCACUCCCUCCUGAAGCACUGCUAUGGCCUUAUAUACUUUUAAGAAGGUGACGAGGAAAAAAAACAAACAAAAAAACAGCCUAAAUUGUUCAUUUUUAAUCUCACUACUGUCUCAUGCUCCAAUUAGAAAUACAGUUACCGUGCAAUAGUUUGUCCUUUCACAACAGGUCCAAAGUGUUUGCUGUAUACAGACUAAGAACUCUAGUUCAUGAGGUGACGACACUGUGUGUGUGUGUGUGUGAGUGAGUGUGUGUGUGUGUGUGUAGCCUCUAACGCCAUGGAGGGAUACAUCACCAAACCGAGACGUGCUCAAUGAAAUUUCUCCUCCUUUGCAGUAGCAAACCGAUUGUUGGGUUGGAGCCGGUGAUCAUGUCAGUUUUUUUUUUUUUUUUUGUGACUCUGACAACAGACGCCUGGAGUUUUCAGGAUGAAUGUGGCAAAAAGAAUGAAAGGAAAUAAGGAAGCAGGUGAUAUAAUGAAACCAAUGCUAUAUGCUACAUAGUCUGUGCAUGUGCUGCCAAACUAUAAUGCUGCAACCAGGAGCACAAUAUUCAUGUUACACUAAAGUUUAUCGAGUAUUACUAAUGUUGUGUCCAAAACUUAAGUGGUGUACAGUGAGAGUUUCUUAUCUAGCAGGGAACCCGUGAUAAAACGCUCAUGACUUUAGGUGAAAACACAGGGAAAUAUUAGCUCACGUCCUGGUGCCAGUUGUCUGAAAAAAGAAGAAAAAAAAGAAAGAAUCUAAAUUGCAUUAAAAGCAGUGUAUAAAUUGACAUAUAGCUACCUACCUAAUCAAAGAAGUCAAAUAUUAUGAUAUAUCAUAUGUAUUGUGUGUUGUUGUCGUAUCAAAAAGCAUAAUGAUUUUUGUAAGAAAAGGACAAAAUGCAAAAACAGCAGGUUAAUAAACAGCAGAGAUCCUGAGGUAAGGCUGCUCAAAGUGGAA